AUGGCUGAAACAGUCUCGCUCUGUCUAUCCUACAUCACUGAGUCAUCGAGCGAAUCCUUGAAAUCAUUUGACAGUAGCGCCGCUGCCGCUGAUGAUGCAAUCAACCUGCUCAAAGCGAAGGCUAAAAAUAGGAAUGUCGAAGCGUUGAAUGUUCCAUCGCUGGCUUAUCCUUUUCCUGUUCAGUGGUUAGAGAUACUGUUCAGCCUGUAUACGGAUAAGCAGGAACCAUCAACACAGAUGGAUCAGAAGCUUCUUGGACGAGAGACCAAGAAGGCUAGAAGUGUUGCCAGUACUCACAGCGUUGAGAGAGGAGAAUCUUCAGGUACUCAUACUUCUUCUCACAAGUCAACAGAAACUGCCAUGGAAGCGAACGCAGCCGGUGGUGUGAAUUACCUAGUUGAAAGUGCCCAGAGGUCGGUUCCGACACAGCGACAAAGAUCACCUGAUGGGAACGAGGGCACAGGUGACGACAUCGAGCUUGAAGUCUUGAUCAAACGUGCUUUCAGACUCUCGUUAACCGAUGGAUCAGAGUUUACCAGGCUCACUGUGGCAGAAUCCCUGUAUACAAACAAGGGCAAAGAACCUAUUCGGCCUGCCGUCACAGAGACAAAUUUCCUUGACACCAGCAUCUCUCAGCAUGGCGAAGAAAGCGCGCUAAGCAAUACCAACAAGAAGAGGCCGCUACGGUCUGCCCUUAAGACAAAGUCGAUAUCUUCGACAAGAUUCUCAGCAAAGAGACACUCGUCCACUUGUUCAACGGAGUCUGAUCAGUUUACAGCAAAAACGACGGUUCAGUUUGAAUCUCGUGAGGUUGGAAAACCAAUCGGACUUCAUAAAUCUUACAGUAAGAGCAUUGAAUCGGAUGAUGAAUGGAAACAGGAUCGUAAUAGGUCCGACGAGCAGGAUUCUGAGGAUGAUAUAUCUGAUGAAGGAGAUCAAGAAUUGCAACACCGACUUGAUCUCAUUCUCAAAAACAGUCCAGCGUCAGCCAUAACCGUGAAGCCAUAUACAAGCCCUAUGACCGGACAAGAUGUCUUUCUGUUCAACCACGGCAUUGUCAUACCAAUUAAAGACGUAAAUAAGCUUGUCUACGGCGUAGCUAUUCCCGGGAAAAUAUACCGGCAAAAGAAAAACCGAUACCCAUCCACCUUCGCAUUUCUGGUGACAUUGGCGAAGGCGAAUCUCGAUAUCCUAGACAUCGGAACAGCGAAUGACGAUUUCAUCCACGCGUUGAUCUUGGAUGACGCCGAGGAAGCUUAUGGAAAGUCGAAAUACGGGGAUUAUGCAUGGGCCGGUAUCACAAAAGAGCGAAAAAGUCGAUAUGAUCCAGAUACCCAAUUUCGGUGGUCCAUUUUUUUCCCGUCACAGUGGCGACGACAUGGUCUUGUUUUGUUGGAAGAUCAGAAUCCCCCCGAAAAUAGUUGUAAAUUCCGAAUAGUGACCUUAUGCGGAAAAGUGUUACAUCAGUGGUACGUGCGAUGUGAACCGCGAAGAGCCUUUGGUCCACGGGAUAUCAUCGCUAGAACAUCAUGCGGCGAAGACGAUACUUGCGAAUUGUCAUCUAACUGGGAGCCCGAGAGCGGACCGAGGGCGCACAAUGACUCCAUUAAGCGCUGGACCGAAAUCGAUCCGGAUCGAGAAGGGGUUGGCCUUCCGGAUCUAUUCCACCCUUUCAUGAAGGUUUGGAUUAUUGAAGGGCCUCCAAAGGAAGAGCCACCGCCGGGCUGUAUGAAAAUAAACUGUGUCACACGAUGCGGGCUUGUAAAAAGCAAAAUCAGACUUCUCUGCCCCCGACACAUCUCCAAAACCCCGAAAUGCAUUGGUGGCGAAUUCACCAUGCUCAUUGAUAGAGGAUGCGCGCUUCGCGACGAUAUUGACCGGUGUGACGAAAAAUCCCUGUGCGAAGGUUAUCUCGCCUGGUUCGAUGCUCGACUCGGCCUGCCAUUAGAAAACUUGUCUGUCAAGCAGGCCAAUGACCUCGACAGAUUGCAUACUACUCUUGUGUCGGCGUACAAAAAUGAGACAAGGCUCAUGGGUUCGUUCCUGAAACAUAAAGAUAGCGAAAAGAAAUGGCGUGAUGUGAUCUACAACCAUGUUGACUACUAUGAGAUGUUGUUUAGAUGGGGGUUGAGGGGCAUCCAAUAUCCAGAGGGUUUAUCCGUGGUACGAGCAGAUGAAUCUGUGCUGAUGGGGUGA